GGGAGGAUUUGUGUAAAUUUAACGGAAAGACAUUAAUCUAACCGUAAAAGCCAAUGGGUACCCAGUGUUCAGAAUCUCUUCGUAUCGGAGUCUGUGAAACCCCAAAAGAUAAAGCAAACCUCAAUCAAGCCACGACAGCAUGACAGAAGACGAUUGCGCUAGGGUUUCGAUGCCUGACUCCACGCCUGCGUCCGAUUCAUCCAACACGAAGCAAAGGAAAAAGAGGAAAUGGGAUCAGCCAGCUGAGUCCUUGGUGACAGCCGGAGUAGCAGUCCCUGGAGUCCUUCCUUUGCUCAACAUGGGAUCAUUUGUUGGGAUCACACAUCCUGGUGUUCCUCCAGCUUCUGGCGCUUCUUUGAUAAAUCCUCUUACUUCUAGUUAUGGACAUUUACAGCAGCUUUUUCCAGCACCCUCAAUGCAGCAGCAUGCUACUGCAUUGGCCCAAAAGAUUCAACCAAAGAUUCAAGAGGAGUUAAUAGCUAGAGAAAUUGUCAUAAAUGAUGCAGAGUCUUCCAUACGUUACAAGCUUACAAAACGCCAAACGCAAGAAGAGAUUCAGAAAUGCACUGGUGCCAUAGUGAUAACUAGGGGUAAAUAUCGUCCUCCAAACGCACCUUCUGAUGGUGAAAAACCAUUAUAUCUUCAUGUUUCAGCUGGCACCCAUUUGGAAACAACAGCAGACAGGAUAAAAGCAGUUGAUCAAGCAGCUGCCAUGAUAGAGGAAAUCAUGAAGCAAGGUGUUUUAACCAAUGGAUUGAAGGUGGUUCACCCUUUUAGCACAUGUGUGUUCUUGGGCUUUGAACCAGAUCCAUCUUUGAACAUUAUUGCCCGUAUUCGUGGACCAAAUGAUCAGUAUGUAAAUCACAUUAUGAAUGAAACAGGAUCAACAGUUUUACUAAAAGGGCGUGGUUCAGGAAACCCUGGAAUUUCUAAUUCCGAAGAACAACAAUCACUACAUCUUUUUUUGUCAAGUAGUAAUCCAAAAAGCCUUGAACAUGCAAAGCUUCUGGCUGAGAAUCUUCUGGAUACAAUAUGUGCAGAAUGUGGUGCCUCUAGGGUAUCAUCAUGUAAGGUUUAUGGUGCUGUUCCACCACCUCCGCCAUUGUUGACCAGAGUCCAGAGUGAGUUAGAAUCAGCUUCUUCUGUUACUACUACCCCUGAGGGCAAAACAGUCAUUUCACAUAUAACUCCUCCUCCACCACCUCCUCCUGGUACGAGCUACAAUGGGUAUGGUGGGAUAUACCCACAAGCUACCCCUUUGCAACAAGUUGCCUUAGCCCUUAAGCAAUCUACAUCUCCCAUUAUAUCUGGAAAUGCAAAUUUAGAGAUGGAAAAAGAAAAACGAUCCCCUCACACUCACACUCACACUCACAAACGCAAGUUUCAAGAACUGCCCGUCACUGCUCUCGGGCAGCCCGGGCAGCAGCUCAAAACACACCAGGUAUUUUCUCUGACCUUACAGCUGAUACUGGACCUGUCUGUUGGACAUUUGUAUUUUCACAGGGCAUCGGGAAUCUUGAAGCAAAGUAAAGUGAAAUCUGAGAGUAGGACAAGGAUGGAAAUGGAAUCAUCUAUUCCGGUUCUGGUGACCAAUGGAAUGAUGCCACCUCCUCCACGACCCCCAAAAUUUAAUUCAACAGCAAAGGUGGUCGAGGGCAAUAUCGUAAAAACGCCAGAAACCAAAUCCGUACCUGAAACUUUAAUCAGUCUUAUGGAAUAUGGAGAUGAAGAAGAUGAUGACAUUGAGGAAACUAAUGAAGAAUCUCUAACAAAUAAUUCAAAAUCAAAACCUUUUUGGGCAGUGUGAAAACAGGUUAAAUGACCAUUUUAUCCAUGGUUUAAAUUUGUUGUUUUUCAAGGUAAGUUGCAUGUAGAAGGAAAAUAUAGUUAUGGUCGAUGUAUACUUUCAAAUACAAUGUAAAAGGGUGAUUUCUGAUUAAUUAAGUUAUUACUUGGAUAUAAGUUUAUAACAUAGACUUCUAAC